AUGUCUCAUUUUAAAGCCAUAUAUGGUUAUGAAGCUCCACAUUUGGCCUUUCCACCUUCUGUUACUACUUCAGUGGACUCAGUGGAGAAAUAUCUGAAACAAAGAGAGAGCAUUCUACUACUUCUCAAAGAAACACUGAAAAAAGCUCAGGAAAGGAUGAAACACUUUGUUGAUGCCAAAAGAACUGACAGAUCUUUUGAAGUUGGUGAUCUGGUUUACCUAAAACUGCAUCCCUACAGACAAGUCUCAGUCUCCCUAAGAAGCAUCUUCAAGCUCUCAUCCAAGUACUAUGGUCCCUUCCCUGUCAUUCAGAAGAUUGGUACUCUAGCUUACAAGUUACAACUGCCUCCUGAAGCAAGAAUUCACCCAAUGUUUCAUGUCUCACAGUUAAAGAAGAAGAUUGGCGUCUCUCACACUCUUUCCCCUACACUUCCAGUUGUUGAUCAUGAAGGACAGGUCAUUGUCACUCCCAUUGAAGUUUUGGACUCCACAUUGUUGGUCAGAGGUAACCAUUCUGUUCCACAACUUCCUAUACACUGGUACAACCCAACAACAGAUGAGGCUACAUGGGAAGACUCAGCCAAUAUCUCAGCACACUUUCCAGCUUUUAAUCCUUGA